UGAUUUAAACUCAGCGACAAAAUCUGUUGAAAAUCAUGACUUAAUGAUCUCGAGUAAAAUACGCGGGUGCAUUACUAUGCAAUUGACACACUUCCAUGUAUGUGCGUGUAAAAUUCGACGUUUAUCAUGAAAAAAGAGUAGGCGAAAUGUGAUUGCGAUAAAGAAAAAAUCGUUUCACACCGUUUCGCUAUAAAAAUUAGCGAUUCUCCUGGUCAUUCUCAUAUAAUUCACGAUGUGUUAUUUAUAAUCGUGAUAACUGCUGCGAUGAGCACGGGUGAAAGUGUUUUUUUUUGCGUGAGGUUAUGAUCUAAAAAUAUUUAUCUUCGCAGUUGAUGAAAGACAGGGAGUCAUUUGGAUGUUAAAAUGAGUUGGUUAAGGAGUAGUCCAUUAAGGACAAGCUUUGGCAAGCAGUGGUCAAGAGAUUCACCUCCCAAGGAUGCAGAUCCAACUGCCUGCUAUGACAGCUUCUGUAAACAUUGGCAGCAGACACAUGAGAUCAUUAGACAGGCCAGGUUAAAUAAUGGAGUACCACUACACGAUGACAUUCUCGCUGUUGUCAAUCACAUCGACCAACUUGUGACACUCUUGUUACUGGAAUUCAGGAAUAGUCUCGGGCUUAAUCAUCAGCAGCAGCAAAUGACGAGUACACCGUCUCACUCUCCCUGUUUGGAAUAUUUAUUGAGUGAAAAUCUACUGGACAAUCUCUCAGAAUGGAGUUCAACAGCUGGAAGAUACAGCAACACAAUCCGCAUGGAGCAGAUGAAGCUGUUCGAGAUCCUGGUAUCCUUCAACGGUUCAUUACUAGCUCACGAGCCAGUGGCACGACCGCUGCUGAAACUCCUGGAAGCCUGUGCCAAUGAUAUUCUGCCAUUUGACGUCCAAAAGAAAUUGAUAGUGUUAUUAAAUGGCCUGUGCGUUGCCCUAAUGCAAAAUUUAGCACUCCUCGACGUAUUCUUUCACCCCAGCGCACCUGGAGAGCGCAAAUUCAUAAUAUUUUCCCUGCUGAUGCCUCAUAUCCACCGAGAGGGUACAGUAGGACAACAGGCAAGAGACGCAAUGCUCCUGUGCAUGGCUCUAUCAAAGAGAAAUCACGAGAUCGGUAUCUACAUAGCUGAGAACUCCAAUGUGUGUCCAGUUCUUGCCACUGGAAUCAGUGGUCUCUAUUCAGUUCUACCAAGAAAACUUGACAUCGAAACUGAAGACUGGCAUCGACUCACCCCAGAUGAUGUCAAUGAUAUCCCAGCACUCGAUCAUUUGAUGCAUUCCUUUGAGUUCUGCAAUGCUGUCGCCCAAAUUGCUCAUCCUCUGGUGCAAAAGCAACUCCUCGAGUAUCUCUAUCAGGGAUUUUUGGUCCCUGUUAUGGGUCCCGCGUUACUCCAGCCUUCACUGGACAAUUUAGUCUCAGCAACUGCUUACUUCGAUCUUUUCCUGAGGUCUGUGACCGAUCCUGGACUCCUGCAGACAUUGAUAAAGUUUUUGCUGGAGGAGAAUUAUGAUGAAUGCAGGAUUCUCGAUAGUCUCAUCCAGAGGAUAUCAUCGAGGUCACGAUUGUGCAUCGUCACACUGGCCUUAUUCGAGACCCUUGUUGAUUUAAACAUCGAAGAUAUCAUGUUGGAGCUCUGCCUAUCUUCGCUCAUCCCGUGCUCUCACGUUAUGCUGUCACAGCGUCGACGAAUGCGUGAUCUUGACUCUUACGGAUCAACAGCCAAAAAAUUUCUCUCCUUACGUCCCAGCUGCUGUCUCACCUGGGGAUCCACAGUAUUACAGUCAAAACGUACAAAUCCACCUGAUAACCAACAGACUUCACCCAAUUGGCUCAUAAAUUACGGCUCGAGGGUAGGUGAAAGUCUCUACGGGAAUUAUCAUGCCUAUUUAUUCGAUGCCAGACAGAAAAUCGUUGCCUGCCAGAUCGGUUGCUCCUACUGGUCUUCUCAGUACAAUGGGAUUUCCCUCGAGGAAGGGAAUGACAGUGACAGUAUCACGAAUAUCAAUGACUCGAGUCAAUUGUCAUCUGCAUCUGGACGAGAGUUCAGUCGUCAGUUUAUGGCUCUACCACGAGAAGAAAUUCUAGACAACAUCAAGAGUCUUCUUGUUGAUGAGGAAGACACCAUUGCUGAGAGCUUGACUGAUGAUACCACCAGCGAGGUCAAUGAUAGGAGCUCUUCGCGCGUUGAUAAGGACCAAUUGAAUGCUGAUAUAGAUGCGUUAUUGAAUGAGGAAAUUGAAAUAUCACAAAUUUAUGAAGCCAGCCUGAAGAAGAAUGGAGAGUCCAUCAAUCCUGGGGAGUCUCUCGGUGACAGCAGUGGGUAUGAGAGUCUUGCCAUGAAGAGUUCACAGGAUUUUACCAUCAGUCAUGAGGAUAAGGAUGUAGAUAAAGAUGAUGAUAAUGGAAAUGGAAAUGGAAAUGCUAAUGGGGGAUCUGUUGAGGUCAAUGCCAGGAUUGAGAACGAUUGGAAGAGGGAAAGUCUCAGCAAUGGGAAACCGAAUGUUGGAAUAUUUCUGGAUGUCAUUCUGAGAAAACUUGAAUGCUUGACUAGCAAUAAUCUUUAUGUCAAUUUACAUUUGACUGGAUUAAUCAGUAGAUUGGCGGUUUAUCGACAGCCACUGCUCCAGUCAUUUCUCCUGAACCCUUCGUUGGUCUUCCAGCCAAGCAUCAGGUCGUUAUUUCAGAUUCUGGCGUCUUUGAAGAACAAAAUUGAUCAGUAUUUAUCGAAAGUUGAGAAUGUCGACAAUCUAGUGGAGCAAGCUCGUGCAUUUCUCAUCGCAAGAGAGUACAGGCUCGUGAAUACCAGACGAAAUGCAUUGAAGACUAAUCAAAGGGUGAAAAAAGAGCCAGAGAAAGUAGCAGUUGAGCUGUUCUCCAGGAAUGAAUCAAAAAGAAGAAGCUUGACGUCCUCUUUAACACAAAUAUUUAAAUGGCCUGGUGGAAGUUCUCUGCCGAGCUCAUCAGCAUUCUCCAGAGGUGACGAGCACCUGGAGAUGACGAGUGAUGGUGCAAGCAGUCGUCCUGAGACAUUAUCCUCGUUGCACAAAAUAACACCAACUCAACAUGUUGUACUUUGUGCUGUUCUGAUGGACGAGUGGCUCAAGGAACUAGCUGCUAUUGUCCAGGAGCAUGUUAUAUUGUCACUUACAAACAGCAUUGAAUUUUGAGUUUUGCCUUAUAUGUUUUACUGAACAACGACAAUCCAGAAGAGUAUCCAUUAUAUUCUGAAAGUAAUUAUGAAAAUGUACAUAAGAAUCAUGUGUUAGUGGAGCACAUCCGUGUGCUUUUUGGUGAUUUUUAGAAAGUGACUAAUGAUUUUUUUUUUUUGCUUGUUGAUUAUAUUGUAUUCUUCUAUUUUAUUCCUGACUCGUCAAUUCACAGAGGAACUGUAUCGAGGAGGGGACGUGAAUAAACGAAUUUACAAUGUUUUAAUUAA